UGGACCGUAUAGUUGGGCUGGACCAGAUGGCCAAGAUGACUGAAAGUUCACUUCCCAGUGCUUCAAAAACCAAGAAAGGCAUGUUCCGUACGGUUGGCCAACUCUACAAGGAGCAGCUGACCAAACUGAUGACCACCCUAAGGAACACCAAUCCCAACUUCGUUCGCUGCAUCAUUCCAAAUCACGAAAAAAGGGCUGGCAAGCUUGAUGCCCAUUUAGUACUGGAGCAGUUGCGCUGCAAUGGUGUCCUGGAAGGUAUUCGGAUCUGCCGUCAGGGCUUCCCCAACAGAAUUGUCUUCCAGGAGUUCCGCCAGCG